AUACUCUAGGAGCACGCAUGUGUUUUCCAUCUGGGCGAAACUGUUUAGGUGUUUGGAAGAGGGGAAAGAGAGAGACGAAAGUACACGCCGACUCCAAACAACGGUGGAUUAGGUUUAUGCCCCUUUCUGGAUUGGAAUAGAAUGUUGUCUGAAUAAACCGAAAGAUCAAGGCGAGGGCCUUGACUUGAAGAACUAGCAGUGUUAUGACCUCUGUGGAGAGUCUAGCAGUAAUGGUGGAUGAGGAGGAGGAGGAGAUGGAAGAGGAGGCGGCAAGUGCAGGGGUCCCUUCUGGUACACUCAGCCCCUCCACUACACCUCCGCCCGGCCUUUUCUUCCUGAUGCCGGAACAGGUCAGCCAAUGUGGGCAGGACCAGGACAUUCUCUUAACCAAUCAGGACUGUGACUUGGCAGACCCUGGUACCCCAGCUGUAUCAGUGCAGGACCUUCCUCCCAUGACUGCUAUGGGCUCCAUUGCAGAGGCUACAUCUCUGCCAGAGGACCUUUCAGCCAUGACCCCCAAGGGUCCCGCUGCAGAGCCUACAUCUCCGCCAGAAGACCUUCCUCCCAUGACCUCCAUGGGCUCCACUGCAGAGGCUACAUCUCUGCCAGAAGACCUUUCUGCCACCAGCACCUGCAAAGGUGUGACAGUCACCCUCCGCAACAGCCACAUGUGGAAUGAGUUCCAUGGCUGCCGGACGGAGAUGAUCCUGACCAAGGAGGGUCGCCGCAUGUUCCCAUACUGCAGCUUCAGCAUCUCCGGCCUCACGCCCCUCAAGCAGUACGCUUUGGCCAUGGACAUCACACCCAUGGACAACAGUCGCUGGAAAUGGAAUGGGGACGGCUGGGAAGCCAGCGGGAACGCAGAGCCUCACGUAAAGGGCCGUGUGUUUAUCCACCCAGAUUCUCCAUCUUUGGGUCAUUGCUGGACACAAAGCUCUGUGUCCUUCUAUAAGCUGAAACUGACUAACAACACCAAUGACGAUGGGGGUAACAUAAUCCUGCACUCCAUGCACCGCUAUCUGCCGCAGCUGCACCUGGUUCCAGUGGAAACUGCCACCAGCGUCAUCCAGCUCAGUGGCCCUGAUGUCAUGACGUUCACAUUCCCGCAGGCUGAGUUCUUUGCUGUCACCACCUACCAAAACUUUCGCAUCACACAGCUGAAGAUCAGGUGUAACCCCUUUGCCAAGGACUUCCGUGAGGAAGGGCCAUUUUCUCAGCUCUCCAAGCCCAGGGUGGAGUCCUUCGAGCCCCCUCUCUGCUAUUCUAUUGAGCUCAACGGCACUAAUAGCAUCAAAACCAAGUUUCGGGACCUACAAAAAACCAUGCGGUCUCUGUUUCGGCCCGGCAAGGACGUGGAUAAGGAUGUUGAGCAGGAGGCCCAGCACGCUGUGGGCUGUGGAGCGGAGUUCCUUAAUGGUGUGCAGUCCAUCUUGGAAAUGGACAGUGCCAUUAGGGGUGAAAAGCGUCCCAAUCCAUUGGCAUGCUCUGAUGAGGAGAGUAAGUUGAAGGUGAGAAGAGUUGAUCCUGAGAGAAGAAAUGGUGUUUAUGCAGAAAAGGAGAUGGGGCUGGUUGUGGACGAUGUCUCCCUGGAACCACAGUUGAAGGACCAGUCCUGCAUUGCAGGCGAGGGGAAUUUGGCCAUGCAGGGGGAUGACCACAUGAUGGCUGUCCGACCCGCCCCUGAAUGGACAAGUGCACUAAAGGUGCACGCCUCCAUGAGCUCAGAGUGUGAAGAAUCCUGUAGAACACUGGCUCUUAGCCUCACCCCUCAGAACAAAACAGCUAAACCAAUGGCCAUUUCAUCUGAACCUUCGACUACAUUCCCCCUGUCAUUGUCGCCUUCCCAGAAAUCAUCGCCUGAUUCCCACAUAUCAUUAUACCCGUUCAGCCAAUCACCAGCUGGCCCUGUGCUGACACCUGUCUCCAAGCCAUCAUCUUCAGCAGGCAGUGAUAAAGGAGUGAAUUUGCAUGGCCAGGCAACACCAGCCAAAGAGGCAAACGAUGAGGCUUCCACUCCUUGCUACAGCCCCUCAGGAAACACGCAGCCCACCUCUACGUCAACCUGGAAGAGGAAACGGAGGUCCAAGCGAAGGAGAUGUAAGAAGUACAUGAAGAAAUCGAGCAUGAGCGCACAGAACGUAGCAGAGCAACCCACCGAGACGGCCAUGCUACCUGACCUGGAGGAUGUGGAAGGGAUGCUUUUUGUGUCCUUUGUUUCCAAGGAAGCUCUUGGGGCUCAUCUGGGGGACCUGCAACACUCCAGAGGAGAGCAAGUGCCUCUACAGGAAAAAACAGAUCCUCCAAAAAGAAUAGAAGUAGCGGGGAGCGUAGAGGAGAAGAUUACUCGACUCCAGGAUGUCCUCCUGCUGGGCAUGCCCAGACUCGAACACAGACAGGUCAUUCACUCGGUCCUGCAAGACGAGGGAGCGCCCUUUCUUUCCAGGACAGGGAAAACAAAAGACUUCAAAAAGAUUAAAGGUUGGAGAGAAAAAUUUGUCACCUCUGAAGUACCUUCCUUAAAGCUUCCUGCUGCAGGUGCUGAUGCAGGAGUGGACCCGGGGAACCGCUCCGCGUUCUGCAGUGACUUGCUGGACGAGUACCUGGAGAGGGAGGGCCGGCUGAUGGACAAGCCGGCAGCUGAAAGCCCUUCCCCCGGCUCUCCGCCCCUUGUGCUCUACCAGCUCCCUGUGAAGAGCAGCAGCUACAUCCGUCCCCUCCACACCGUGCUUGGCAAACAGGCCCCCAGGCCCCCUCUGAAGCACCUUCCCGCAUGCUCCAAACCCAAACCCAAACAUACAUUUCGGCCAGCCUCCGUCAAAACGUCCGUAGGCUGCCGCACGAAACGCCGUCUUUCCACCUCCGACGGCGCGAAGGCCGCUGGAUCUCAGACAGCGGCUGAGAAAGCCCCACGCCCCUCUGCGCCCAAGCCCUGCCCUCAGGAGGCCCGCGUGAAGGCGGACUACAGCGCGGCCAGGCUGGCGCUCGCCAAGGUGAUGCUCAAGCUCAUGGACCUGGAGGACAGGGCGGUGGGGCAGGGCGAAACCCGGACCGCCGUCACCAGCGAGAGGGCAGAGCUCGCUAUGGCCGCGCUGCUGACCGCAGAGGGCACUUUAAAAAGGAGCAGAGGGCAGGUCAAGUCCCUCCCACGCUGGGCCCCCCACUGCAAGCGGGCCUUCUGCCGACUGGGCUGUGUGUGUGCCAGCCUGGCCAGGGAGCGGCGGGUCACCACGCACUGCCGAAAGCCGGCUUGCAUGUUCGGCUGCUCCUGCCUCAAACACAAGAUGGUCCUCAUCAAACCCUCCCUAACAAGCUCCCCCAAGCCCGAGCAGGGUGCCCUCAUUGGCCAGAAAAGACCAGGGGAGGUGUUUCCAUCAAACUCCAUGCUUAAGCAGGAAGUCCUCGUUGACCAGGAAACACCAGGGAAGGGGUUUCCAUUAAACUCCAUGAUUAAGCAGGAAGUCCUCGUUGACCAGAAAACACCAGGGGAGGGGUUUGUAUCAAACUCUGAGCCUGAACAGGCUUCCCUCAUUGGCCAGAAAACACCAAGGGAAGUGUUUCCAUUAAACUCCAUGUUUAAGCAGGAAGUCCUCGUUGACCAGGAAACACCAGGGGAGGGGUUUGCAUCAAACUCUGAGCCUGAACAGGCUUCCCUCAUUGGCCAGAAAAUACCAGGGGAGGUGUUUCCAUUACACUCAAUGUUUAAGCAGGAAGUCCUUGUUGACCAGGAAACACCAGGGGAGGGGUUUGCAUCAAACUCUGAGCCUGAGCAGGGAGCCUUCAUAAAAGAGGAAAUGACAGAUGUCGAGUUUCCAUCAGCAUGUCUGCCUGAGCAAGGUGAUGUUGAUGCCUUUGAAACGAUAGGGGAGGAUUCCACAUCAUAUCACAAGAAGAAGAAGAAGAAGAAGAAGAAAAAGAAGAGAAAGAGGAAAAGGGAAAGACUGUCUUACGCUAUAUUGGAGGGGGAGUUCGAGAUGGAUUUGGAGGUGGAGCCAGCAGCUCACCUGGACAGACUGUGGAACAGGAAGGCUGGGGAGGUAGACCCAGAGCCCCUGUACAUCCCACCGCCUGUCUGUCUGGACACAGUACGGCCCUCUGCCAGCUCCCCCACCUUUAAGUCUGCCGCUUUCAGGACAUAUGUGCCCCGCCCAAACCCUGUGGUGCGAGACGAGGAUAAGGAUCCCGUCUACCUGUACUUCGAGAGCAUGAUGACGUGCGCGCGAGUGCGUGAGUACAUGAGCAAGCCUCCUGAGCGACCGUGCUACUGCAAGUCGGUCCUCUGCAGCAGACAGGUGGGUGAUCCAUACCAUUACUUCAGCUACCCAACAGAAGAAAAGAAGCAGUCUAAAGUUCAGGCGAAGGUCCUGAAGCCCCCGAAGGAGCCACGGCGCACGCUGGAGGUCCUGUCGGAGUGCGACUGGGAGACGGAGCGGGACGCCAUCCUGGCGGCCGUGUGCCGGCGUGCCGGGCGGGGCCACCUCAGCCAGCCCUUCCGCGUCGGCCCCUUCCUGGUCCGCCCGUUCGGGCCCACCCUCAGGAAGGAAGGCGACACCUGCUCUGUCGCCCACAAAGUGCUCAUCACCCAUCCGCUCGACCCGUCGCCGGAGUCGGCGGCCGAGAAAAGCCCUCCCGACCGCCCCGAGCCCCCGAAGCAGAGCCGGGCCGUGAAAGGGAGUCCUUUCUGGUCCGACAUCCUGCCCGCCGGCCUCCUCACCGCCAAAAAGAAGCAGCCUGGCCUCCCUGCCAAAGGGUUAAUCGAGGUCAAUGGGAAGUCUUACUCCCAAGCCAAGGUGCAAUUGGGGCAAAUGGGUGCGCUGCACAUGACCAGCCGUCUGGCAGCUUACCUCACCGGCAGAUGGCAGCCCGAGAAUCAGAAGAGGUCUAUGAAGGCUCCACCCGCUAAAUCUGUCGGACGUGGCUGCAGUGACAGCUUCACCCCACCGCCUGCUCGCUCCUCUGGCACAACGAGCCCUGGAUUCACCAUGGCUACCAGCACCAGCAGGCCUGUCCUCAAACCCCCGGAGUGUCCUCCCGCUCCCAUGCUCCUGGUCCCUGUUGAGGACCGCGAGUCUGCCGCUUCAGCCUCAUUGGUGCCCAUCGCCCCCGGGGAGAGUGUGGUAUUGCACCCGGUCCCAGGCUCCUCUGGGACGCCUCUGUUCCGCCACCCCAGCGGACGCCUGGUCCACCUAGUGCCCCUCAACCAACUGAAGCCCGUUCCCCCAAACAUUCUCCCCUGCCGCCCAGGCGGUGUGUCUCAUCUACCUCAACCCUUGGCAGCAGGGCAUGAAUCUGCUUUCGCAGGGACGGGAGCCACCAGCCCCGUUUCAACCACACCACUGCCCCCUCCCAACCCCACAGAGACUACAGCCGCCAUCCCCGCUGCUCCUAAACCUGCUCCCAGCUUCCUGGGACAGCACGGAACCCACACCAUCAGAAUCGGCCCCAGCAUAGCCAGCAGGACUCGCUCUAAAGGCCCGGCUCCCACUGGCUUCACUCCGCUGCAGCCCCCGCCAGGAACCCUCCCUCAGGUUCUCCAAAGAGAAGCCAAGCUCCCCGGAGAGGGCCCACGUUCCCCACUGAGCGGAACCCCCCAGGGCCCUGACCCUGAACCCCAGGCUCCUGCCCAGAUGGACGGCGGAGGUCCCGGGCGUUCAGACACGCACCCACCCAGUUCUCCUGAAACCCACCGAUUGUGUGCAGGAAUGCCCAUACGCCGCCUGGCUGUGAAACUGCACCGUGUCUCUGCUGAAAUGGCGGGCAGCGGGGUGUCGGAGAGGAGGGCGCCGCUGGUGGAUGCGUCUGAGGCCAGCGUGGGCAAGAUGAAUGAUUCAGUCAAUGAAUCUGAAGUGCAGCAGGGGGAUGAUGUUGUGGAUGUUGAGACAGUGGAGGAGCUGCCUGAGGAAAAUUCUCUGACACAGACGACAGCAGGAGUUGCUCAAAAAAAGCUGACCAAAGAUCGGCUCAUCCGCCAAGCAGACUGCCAAGCAGAACUGGACAAAAACCGGCAAACACGGAAGUCGGAGUUCAAUACCGACCGGGAGUAUCACACUGACAGCGAACGCCGACGCCGCAAUCAGUUGAACGACCUGUUCUCCCACCUUCAAGACACUCUGGGGAUACAGUCCUCAUCCAAGAUCUCCAGGGGUUAUGUCCUCAACCGGGCAAUGGAGGAGAUCCAGACUCUGGUGGAUCAGGGCUAUCAUCUGGAGCAGGAGAAGAGAAGACUGACCCAGAAGAGAGCGGCUUACAUCGAGGAGAUCACCCUGACAAUUGGCUCUGUGACUCCAGAGCACGAAUCUGCCAGCCCCACAGAAACCCCAGGCUCUGUUCACACCCCUAAGUGCGUGUUGCUGAAGUGGUCAACCGACUCUGAACCGGCAGAGGGAGCCCAGACCAGCGGUGGGGUGUCGGAGAGGAGGGUGCCGUUUGAGGAUGUGCCAGUGGACUCUGAGGACGACAGUGUGAGCGAGGCGAGCUAUGUGGAAGUGGAAGCACAGCAGGGGGCUGAAGCUGUGGAUGUCGAGGCGGUAACGACGUGGACGACAGCAGGAGCUGAUCAGUUGACGAAAGUAGGGCUCACUCCCCAAGCAGACAGCCAAGCAGAACGGGAAACAAAUGCGCAAACACUGCAAGACACGGAGAUCAGCGCUGUGCGACACCGUUGCAGCAGUAGCGCACGGCGGCGGCGCAAUCAGCUAAACAAUCGGUUCACCCGCCUUCAAGAGGUUGUGGGGCUGCGGUCCGCGUCCAAGGUCACCAAGGGUCAUGUCCUCAACCGGGCAGUGGAGGAGAUCCAGACUUUGGAGGAUCAGGGCUAUCAUCUGGAGCAUAAGAAGAGAGAACUGACCCAGAAGAGAGCGGCUUACAUCGAGAAGAUCGCCCAGAGAUCUGGAAAGGCUGAGGAGCUGAUCAUACUGAAGCUACAGGACAUUUGCUCCAAGCAGAAAAGUCUGGAGGCCAAGAAGCAGAAGGCCCAGCAAAGGGCCCCAGGGCCCGACAGGAAGCAGAGCCCCCCCACCCCGGCCUCAGAACUGGAUAACUUCAUCACCAUGCCUAAGAUCGUAAGUGUCAGAUCGCUGGCUACCUCCCCGCUAUUAACCGCCGUGUGGAGAGAACAGGGUGAGCAGGCUGCCUCUGAAGCAACCCCAACUGCAGUCUCCCCACUGGCGUCUCAGAACGUAGACGUACCGGGAGACUACCCCGCCACGCCCAGCUCCCUGCAGAAGGAGGGAGCCUGCAGCUGGGAGGAGACCCCGAUCAGUGGUGCCGUUCCUGGAAACAAGCAUUUGAGUAAAGUCUCCUGGCUGUCAUAGGACCCGUAGUAGCAGGACUUAUUGGAGCCUCUACGGGUAGAGCACACUGCUCAGUGGGGGAGGCGAUGGGAAGUGCAGGGCAGUGUGUGAAGCUGAAGCCACUCUCAACUCUUCCCAUUGCAUUACUCAUACACGUUUAACUUUCCACACGCGUGGGUGAGAAUAAAUGUUGCGAGAGAAGUUUUCUAUAGCGUCACAUUUAUGCAAUCUCUCCAGUAGUGCUGUCCGCCAGCCCUGUUUUCAGGUAAAGGAAUGAGCGCUCUGCUCACCGUCUUUCUCUCAAAACUUCGAGAGUAGUGUUAUUGUUCAUUUUUUGUUUGUUUUUUUAACGUGAUUGUGUCAUUGUAUAUUAAAGGUACAGUAGGUAAUUUCGGACUUCUAACGGUCAAGAGAGGAACUGCAGCAACAAACGCCCUCAAACCACAACACUGUUUAUCCCUCACCCUUUUCUGUGAACGUGCUGACGUUGAGUCAGUGAUGGUCUGUCAACUGUAUAUUUUGAAACCCGAAUUUAAGGACUAUAAAAACAGGCAGAGGGUGAGUCAACGUGUCAGCGAGCCUUUUUCAAUGAUAGGAAGGGAUUUACAGCGGUCUUGUAACAAUGUUUUAGCACAAAAAAUCUUACCUAUUAUACCUUUUAAGUACAGGAUUAUAUUGUUUCCCAAUUCAGUUUCCUACAGAUGUGCCUGAGCUGUAAAAGGAAUGUAUUGUAAGAAUGUAGUGAACAUACAUCGUGUACUGGCGGUUCAAGGUUAAUGCAUUACGCCCAUAUUGGGUGGAUUUUGGCACAGUUGGUGAUGGAGGAAUUGGGGCAAGUUUAGGGCCCCUUCAUGGGGCUGCAGUCUUGACUGCCCUACACAUGUACAGUAAAAGUGUCCUGUACUGGGACACCCCUGAAUGAAGAACACAUUGACAUUCCGCUUGUGGCCAAUUGACUCUUUAACCGUGGAAGCAUUUUUUGUUGUUUUCUUUACAAUUGUUCUGCUGCUAAACAAAGAUACUGUGACAAAUCUGGGACACCCUUUGGAGGACAGCAGUAUGUUCCCUGAAGGAAGGAGAAACUGGACCCCUGCCUUUAAGAUGUACUCCUCUGUCUCUAUAGACAACUUCUGUUCCGGAAACUUCCGUGGAUUUGUGUCCGCAAGGUUAGGUGGUUUCCACUCUCUAUCCCACUAUUUUUCUUUGACUUGUUUGAAUAAGCCAUGUCAUGGCUGUCAUUGUAAUUUAAAGGUUUUCUGUCGAUACUUCAGAUUGUAUAUGUGCCUGAAAUUAUGAUUAAAGACUAAAUCUAAUGGAAAAUUCAAAGAAUAAAUCUUAUGAAAAAUGAUAAAUGGUGGCUAAUAUGUAAUAAUUUGCAAAAUAUAUGAUAGUGCUGCAGUCAUAUUUUCUUUGCAGGAUGCCAUCAGUUUCCAACAAUUUUCUUUUUUCUUGUAUUAGAUGAAUGUGAACUAUGUAUGCAUAGUUCCCUCAGUGCCUAAAUACAGCUAUAAUGCAAACACUAAGCAGCUGCAAAUCAUCUUUGAACAAAAUGUUUGUGCUAAUUCAUAAGCUCAUGACUGUUAACCUGUGUAUGACUGGCAAUACAGUUUACAGGAGGUAAUUCAGUAACUAGCAGAACUACUGCAGCACUAACACAAGAAGUUUUAUUUUCUUAGGUGGCUGAACAGUUUUGAACAGCUUGAAUUUGUAGUUUUAUUUACUUCAGAAGGGAAGUUAUGUUCAAUCUCUUGGCCAAGCACAGUGUCUGAACAAACACUGAUUGCCUGCUUAAUCAGUGCUGUGUGUGUACUUUUAUUUGUUUAAUAAUUAGUUCUCAAAUAUCACAAGCCUGUAUAUUAUGUAUUGUACUGUUAUGGUUUCCUUCAAAAAUCAUAGGCUGGAAGUGUUACACUGAGAUGUUUGGUGUGCAUGCGUAAUGAUACUCACUGGGUAGGCAUCCGUUUCAGCAGUAAGUGUAACUGUAUAUUUCCCGACUGUGAAUUUUAUUUUAUUUUUUUGACUAUUCUUUUUGGCUAUAAAACAACUGAAGGUUUCACCUGGAAAAGUGCCCUUUUGUAACCUGCAUUGGCUUUGCAGUAGCAUUCAGAAAUACUUUCUUACUGUCAAUGUCUUCAUAGUCACAGGCUGCUAAAGUGUUGUUACAUAGUUGCAUCUGCUUGGUUUCCAUUUUCCAUGGACUGUUACAUGCUACAUAAAUUAACAUUCAUCUUUAGGUCAAAAUGGUUGGUUCUGGAAUUGCUGGUUAUUCCACUUUGUGAUAAUAAUCAGCUGAACACUUCCUGUUGGUGUAUAUAUACAUGUGUGAAGACCAAUACUGAUACAUAGGAUUUUCUUUUAAUGUCACACUUUGUAAAUGAGCUAUUUAUGUAUCCACAUUUUCCAACGACAAUUCCUAUUUUUAGUUUGGCAGCUGUUGACAAAAGCAAUGAACGAUUUGUGCGGUCUUGAAAUUUAAAUAAACCCAUAUAUAUAAGUUUG